GCUAUCAACGUUUCGUUUCUUUGAUUUGAAAAGAAUAAUAAAGGUUUUGAUGUUGUACAUGACUAUGCUAUAGGUGUACAUGACAAUAUUAUACAAAUCUAAUAAGUGAAGCUUGUGUAAUUCAACAAAAUAUGAAGUAUAGUGUUAGUGUAUUGAUAUUUAUAAAUAUAUAUGGUUCUUAUUUUUUAAAUGAUGUUUAUGGUGGAAUUUGGAAUGCAUGGGACGUAAGUUAUUGGAGGUGUUUGCUCAAAAAACACUACGAAUGUCCAGAUAAUAACAUUAAAUAUUACUUGUAUACUCCAGAAAAUGGCGAAAAGAGGAUUACUAUAGAUGUUCGAAAUCCUCACUCCCUCAAUUAUUCGGGAUACGAUUAUAAGAAAAAUAAUGUGAUUAUUAUUCACGGAUUUAAUGGUACGGAAAGCAGAUCCCCAAUAACGAUAUUGAGAAAUGCUUACCUUUCAAGAAAAGAUUACAAUAUUUUUACAAUCGAUUGGUCCACAAUAACGCAUUUCCCUUGCUAUAUAUCAGCUCUAUCAAACACCCGAUUAGUAGGUCAGUGCGGAGCUAAACUUUACGCUUUUAUUAUGGCCAAUGGAGGUGCAGCUACAGCUACUACAUGCGUUGGUCAUUCUCUAGGCGCGCAUAUUUGCGGAAUGAUGAGUAAUCAUCUAGAUAGGAGACAGCAUAAGGUAGUAGGUUUAGAUCCAGCAAGGCCCUUGAUUGAUCGUUACGCUAGGAGAGAAUUCCGUUUGUCCAAAGAAGACGCAGACCAUGUUCAAGUUAUUCACACCAAUGCUGGAUUUUUAGGAGAAACUAACCAAUCAGGUCAUAUUGAUUUUUGUGUUAAUGGAGGAAGGUUUCAACCUAGUUGCUAUGGUCAUAGAUUAAGGAGGGCUAGAUGCAGCCAUUUUCAAAGCGCUUGCUAUUUUGCUCAAACUGUAAGGUAUGGAAAUUCAAUCAUGGGUCGACCGUGUAAGCCAGGUUGCCCUAAAACAACUUCAAAUUGGGGACUUAUGCCAGGAAGACCCAUUCCAAUGGGUGAAGAUACACCAUUUGGCAUUAAUGGAAGUUACUGCGUUCAAACAAAUACCUUUAAAGACUGUCCUUUCUUCCAAUAGAAGUUUAAACAGCAGGAAUAAGUUUGAUUAAAGAUGCAGCAGUGAAGAAACAUGAAAAGGAUCUGUGAUGUGAUAUGUAAUAAAUAGGAAGGAAAAGUAGUAAAUAUUGUAUUUUUAUAUAAAAAAUAUACUGAAAAUAUACAAAAUCAUAAAAAAAAGAUGUUGUAUAGUUUGAUUUUGUAAUUUCAUGUGCUAUUCAUAUACAAUAAGCGCCACGCUACUAGACACAUGCGUAGGUACCUAAUUCGUAGGCGCUCAUACCGGGGGCCGUGGCCCUCCUAGCUUUUCGGGUGUUUUAAAUUAUAUAUUGUUAUCCAUAGUGUACAAAAUGUAAUGUGCAAAAUCUUCACGUCUGUCCCCCCUGAAAAUUUUUAUAUGGGCGCCUAUGACCUAAUAGGGAACUUGCAAUAAAUUUUAAAUUCGAAAAAAAUGGUAUAAAUCACAACAGAACAUAAUUUAAAACAUGUAUCAAAGAUAAAAAAGUUUUGUUUGUUUUUCGUUUGGCCCCUAAAGACGAUUAAAAAUUCAAAUUAUACCAGCCAGUCCAAAACGCAUCGUAACGUCAUCCGGUUAUAUGUUUACAAUCUCCACCAACAAAGUAAACAAAAUGUACAGUCGGAAAAAUGAAAGAAUACCCAUGAACGAU